UCUUUUUUGUUUAGGUGGCGUGUGCCUUAUUUUUUCUUUCGCUUAGUUUUUUCGAUGUACCGUAUUAAGUAGUGUUUCCCCACUCUAAUAAGUUGCUGCUGCCUACUAAUGGCUACCGUUGUCCUGGAGAAGUUACUGCAGCAGCUUUCGCUGAAGGAAUCUCCGGAGCGAGUCAAGAUUUCGGAAAUUUCUGCGAAGGCAACAGACGUCGGCUGCAGUUCUGGUGAUGAUGAUGAAGACGUGUCUGUGAGGAAGGAUGUAAGUGUCCCGGAUUUCCGGAAGCUAACAAUAGUUCCGAGGGCCAGUGAUCUGCUCGAAGACUGUGAUUACCCCGUGCCUGUGAAUAAAGUGACGGAACCGUAUUCGAGUUGUGAUGAGUACCUGGACACGCAUUUCCGGCUCACGCGCGAAAACUUCGUGCGUCCAUUGAAGGAAGCUGUGCAGAAUCACGUCAAGGGGGAGAAUGCGUGGAAUCGUCGCAUUUACCAAGAUGUGUCCAUGCAGUCUAUGUGGUGUUCGCGGAAUCGGAUCGGGCUGCUGAUGAAGUUCAACGUUGAGAAGUUGAAAGGGAUCUACUGGGAGGAGAGCAAGUUUUUGACCCCGGGUUCCCUGUUAUGUUUGUCCUGCGACGGGUUCAAGUCUAUGCAUUUUGUGACGGUGUACGACCGGAAUUCCUUGAUGGCGGCCAAGGGCUUGAUUUUGGUGAUGUUGGAGUCGCCGGGAGUCGAUGAGCUUAAUUUGGCCAUGUGGAAGACGAAUGAUUGGGUGGCUGUGGAAAGUCCGGGAUACUUUUUGGCGAUCCGUCACGUGUUGCACAAUUUACAAACCGUGCAGUUCGACCAGUAUCCGAUUGCCAAAUGCGUGUUGGGAUUUGAAGGUGGAUUCGAAAAGCCUGGAUACUUGGAAAUGUUUCUGUCGAUGAGCAAGCGUUUGACGAUUCCCGCAAAGCACUCGUCUUUGCCAGAUAUUUCGAUCGACUUCUCACAAGAUUCCCGAGGAAACUGGCCGGAUAACAAAGGCUUCGGCUUGGAUAAUUCUCAGCUGGAGGCUUUAAAGUGCGGGCUUUUGAAUCAAGUCGCUGUUAUCCAAGGACCACCUGGAUGCGGAAAAACGUACGUAGGCUUGAAACUUGUCAAGGCCAUGCUUGCAAAUCGAGCGUGGGGCAACAGGAGCCCGAUCCUCGUCAUCUGCUACACUAAUCAUGCACUCGACCAAUUUCUAGAAGGUAUAUUAAAGUUCACGAAGCGAGUUGCUAGGAUUGGAGGCAGGAGUAAGAGUGCGUUGCUGGAAAAGUACAACAUCAGGGAGUGGUUGCAAACACGGAGUUUGUUGCAGCGAAAAAUUGCGAUAAACGUUAGACCGUAUACUCCUGCGCAAAAUUUGCUCCUCAAGGUCAUGACGAAAAAGAAGAAGUUGCAAAAAAAAAUUCAGAUGGAUUUUAUUUACCAAACGAUUCUAUCCUCGGGUGCGGGAAUCGUGAAGCUGCGUAUAUUGGAUCCAAAACUAGUAAAGAAGAGUAAAACCAGCACCAUGAAAUGGCUAGGUAUUCAGAGUGGACUCACAGUUCCGGAAACGUUGGUGAAUGAAAUCCUUGAUGCGGAACGCCAGCAAGUUGAAGCCGUGUAUGGAGCCAGUGGCAGAGAAAAGUUUCUAAAAUCGCUAAAUUUCAAACAAUGGGACGACUUCGGAGAAACGCGAAAUGGCGCUGGAUCCAGCACUGGCGAAGAUGCAUCCCACGUCGAGUACGAAGCCACUGUUCUACGAGCUCAGAGAGACAUCGACGAGUGGUACGACAUCGAAGACGACGAGGAAGGAGACAUUUCUUUGUAUUGUAUCGACAAGGAAGAAAGAAAGAAGAAUGCUUUUCUUCAAAGUUUAUUGUUCGAAACAAGCGUCACCCGAUGCAGGGAAAUUAUCGCCGUUGCGAAUGAAGAAAUUCAGGAUCUCCAAGAAAAGCAGAAAGCAGGGAAAGCCGAUCUCGAGGAAGCGAAACGAGCGGCUCGUGGUAACAGAUGGAAGAUGGUGGCUUUCGAACAUUUGAAGGAUUCGUAUGAAGCUGAGUGGUUGCAAUCGGAGUCAACCAUCAACGUGCUCAAGAAGGAAAUUGUCGAUGCUGAUAAACUCAUAAUCACGUUGAAGAGCGUGAUCAAACUUUUGCGAGUCCCAGAUUCGGUUCAGUUGCCGCCUCCGAAAAUCAAAUUACCGACUGACGCGGUUCAGCUGAACAACAUGCGGUUGAAGGACAAGUGGCUCUUGUACAGAUACUUGGUGAGCCUGCGAUUGACAGAACGUCGGAAUGCGAUGGCUGAGCUGGCUGAAAACUACAGGAAAGCUGUUCAAAAAAUGGAAGAUUGUCGGUCUUCGCUUGCCGUCGAUGUGAUGAGUGCCAUGGAUGUUAUCGGCAUGACGACGACUGCUGCUUCGCGAGACAUUUCCAAGUUGUCGAGACUGAAUCUUAAAAUCGUCGUCGUUGAAGAAGCAGCGGAGGUUUUCGAGUCGAGCAUUAUCACAUCCUUGACGAGAAGUUGCGAGCAUUUGGUGCUUAUAGGGGAUCACAAGCAGUUGAGACCAAAAGCAGACGUGGUAAAACUUGCUCAAGAGCAUCGCAUGGACGUGUCACUAUUUGAGCGACUGGUGAAGAACAAGUUCCCGUUUGUGCAAUUGGAAAUGCAGCAUCGAAUGCGACCCGAAAUUGCGAACCUCAUCCGACCUCACGUCUAUCGCCGGCUUUUUGAUCACGCCUCUGUGAAAAACUAUCCCAAUGUGCCGGGAAUUGCCAAAAAUGUGUUCUGCGUCACGCACGAAAUGAAGGAGUCCUUGGAUUCCAAAACAAAAAGUAUGCAGAAUAAGUGGGAAGCUGAAUACUUGCUUGCUCUGUGCCAAUAUCUGCUGCAACAAGGGAUAGAUUCGGGAAGAAUCACGAUUUUAUCGCCGUAUUCUAGGCAAAUCCGAAACCUCUCCGAACAUCGAGAGCAAUAUCCGUUGACGAAACACGUUUACAUCACGACAGUCGACAAUUUUCAAGGAGAAGAAUGCGACAUAAUCUUGUUGUCACUCGUCCGAAGCAAUGAUGACAAUGUGAUCGGCUUCCUCGGGAAUAUGAAUCGAGUCAAUGUUGCGUUGUCUCGUGCGAAACACGGAUUGUACAUUGUUGGCAACAUGAAGAUGUUGUCGGAAAAUGCGAAAAUUUGGGAAGACGUGCGGGAUUCCAUGGAGAAGAGUGAAGCGAUAGGACCCGCUUUACCGCUGUACUGUUCGAUCCAUAAGGACGGGACUAAUUUUGCGAAGAGCCCUGAAGAUUUCAGGAAACAUGGCGGUUGUGAUCAGCUUUGUGGACAGCGCUUGAGUUGUGGACACAAGUGUACCCGGAUCUGCCACGCCUAUGAUCGGGCCCACAUGACCGAAGAAAUGUCUUGCACUGAGCCUGUCAAACGACUCUGCUCGAGAGGGCUUCACAGCAUGCGUUAUCUGUGUGGCACAAAUGUCACAGGGAUUUGCCGAAUAUUUUAUGCUGGCGUUUUGGCGUGUGGACACGAGAGUUCGAACAUUCCUUGCAUCUGUCUUGACGCAAGCACUUCUGCUGGACGUGGUGCUUUGGAGAGCCCACGUUGUGAGGAGCCAUGUGGCAGGAUGUUCCUGAAGUGCCAACACGAAUGUGGUCUCAACUGUGCGCACAUCUUGCAAGAUGCUUUGGAUACAGAUAAUUCUUUGUUACACAAUUCCACGUACCAGGCACUCUAUCUGAAGUUCGGUGCAUUGAACGAUGCUAUUCAUUCUGAUUGGUGCCCGCAAUGUCUGGUGAAAGUGGAAAUCGGAGGCUUGAACAGAAAGCAGAUGAGAGAAAAGUUGGCUGAUCUGGUUUUUGAUUGCGACGCAAUCAGACCGGUUUUAUUCAGAGCUGAUGAACCCUGGAAGAGCAGGAAAGGUGUGGCCCAGAAUAACCAGAAGAAUCGAGGUGAUUCGGGGUCUUUUGACGCGACGGAAGUUAUUCUCCAGGACUUCGAUGAAUAGCACGUGAGCAGUAAGCAGCAAAAAACUUGUUUUUCCCCUGUCCUGAAUUUUUUUUUUUGGGCAAAGAAUCGGAAUAUCUUUUUUGGUUUAAGAUUGGCUUUGUUGAGGCUUUAAUUAUGCUACUGUAACAAUCUUCAAGUGAUCGCGAAUCAAUCGGGGUAUAAAUUCCUCGAAUUUUCAUAGAAGGGUAGUGCAGUUAGAUUUGUUGAUCUUGAAUACCUGCGUUGGCGAAUACUUUGUUUUUGGGAUACAUUUCUAUCGGUAUGCGUUUGUUUUGAAUCGAAGAUGAACGAAGAAUCAUGUUAGCAUUUGAAGGGAUUAUGUCUGAGUCGAAUCUGCGCGCAAGAAUCGUUUUCAAUUGUCGGACAAAAUCGCUGAAAUAUUUUGUUCAAAAAAUGUUGCUGUGCUCGAUGAGAAUGUGAUCGGUAAUUCUUGUUUAAAUUUUUGAGGCGUGUGUUCUAUUAAAUCGCGUUUUUUUUC